AUGUUCUAUUCAUUGCGUUUGAUGGCAGUCCUGGCCGGUCAUGUCUUAGCCAUCCCUUACUCGGAAUACAUAGUGACUCCUUCCUCAAGGACGCUGUACCCAACCACGGUGUAUAAUGUCAAUGGCACAGUUCAGGAUGCAGCAGCGUUGGUGAAGACAGGCGGCUCAGCCACCUUCGUGGGUCAGUCAGCAGUGACAUAUGACUUCGGCAAGAACAUCGCAGGAAUCGUCUCCUUCGACUACAAUACAAGCUCUGGUGCUCAAGGAGGGUUUAUCGGGAUCAGCUUUACUGAAAGUUCCUUAUGGAUCAACAGCGAUGGCUGUGAUGCAACAGCUGAUGCCGGCAUUGACGAGGCGCUCUGGUUUCCUUUGGCUGCUGGCAGUGGUCGUCAACAAGCAUCACAUGAACAUCAACGCGGAGCAUUUCGUUAUCUGAAUGUCUACCAUAAUACUAGCGGGGAGGUAACUGUCAGCAACCUCACCAUUUACUUCACAGCCAUACCUCAGAAGUCAGAAACAUCGUUACAGAACUACACCGGCUAUUUUCACAGCAGCGAUGAGCAACUCAACAGAGUUUGGUAUGCUGGAGCGUACACCAAUGAACUCUGCACGAUUGACCCAAAAGCUGGAGACUCCUUGAUAUAUUUGGGCAGCGUCGCAUCAAACGACACAGUAACGACUCCCUUGCCGUGGUACCUGAACUACACUAUUUCGGCAGGGGAAAGCGUCCUGGUUGAUGGAGCCAAGCGUGACCGGCUUGUAUGGCCGGGAGACAUGUCAAUCGCAGUACCAUCGAUCUUCGUCUCGACCAACGAUUUGACCACGGUGAAAAAUUCGUUGGACUCGCUUCUGGAGUUACAAAACAGCUCGACAGGCGCCUUGCCCUAUGCUGGAGUCCCAUUCGGUCAGAAAUUACCCGUUUGGAGUUUUACUUAUCACUUAUACUCGCUAAUCGGUAUCUACGACCACUACCUGUAUACAGGCAAUUGGUCGUACUUGUCCGCGAAUUGGGACAAGUUCAAAUUCGGCCUCAAGUACUCGGCAAGUUUUAUUGAUAGUUCGGGAAUGGCCAAUGUGACUUCGUCAGCAGACUGGCUACGGUUCGGGAUGGGUGCACACAACAUUGAAGCCAACGCGAUAUUGUACCACACCUUGAACCUGGGAAUCAGCCUCGCCGCGAUCAUGAACGACACGACAGUGGCCGCCUGGUCAAGCUACGCGGCUGGGAUCAAGAAAGCAGCCAAUGCUCAGCUAUGGGAUGCUUCAGCCAACCUAUAUCGCGAUAACGACACAACGCCGCUUACAGAUCUACACCCGCAAGACGGUAACGCAUGGGCCAUCCUGUCGAACUUGACUCUAUCAUCUGCGCAGAACGUCAACAUUUCGACCGCCCUAGCAUCACGCUGGGGCAAGUAUGGUGCCCCCGCGCCUGAAGCUGGUGCGACAGUGUCACCGUUCAUCUCAGGCUUUGAGAUACAAGCGCACUAUAUCGCUGGUCAGGCUGGCAAUGCUGUGAAGCUGAUGCAAUUCAUGUGGGGAGAUUUCAUGCUUGAUGACCCUCGUAUGACCAACAGUACCUUUAUCGAAGGAUAUUCCACCAAUGGUGACUUACAUUAUGCACCAUAUACCAAUGACCCACGCAUUUCCCAUGCUCAUGGCUGGGCUACAGGGCCAACGAGCGCCCUGACUUUCUACGCCGCCGGGCUUCAAGUGCUCAGCGAAGCAGGCAAGACAUGGAAAAUAGCUCCUCAGCUUGGAGGUUUGCAGAACGCUGAAGCUGGUUUCGAAACUCCAUUGGGUAGCUUCUCGUCAAACGUCACUGCUCUAGAAGGUGGAGGUGUGAGUGUGAUGUUCGAAACCCCACCAGGGACAUCUGGCAGUGUGGUGUUUCAACCUGAAGCUGGCCACGAAGGUCACGUCAUGGCAACAAGAAUUGGGGACCAGUCUCUUGUAAAGAGGACUCAGGUGUCAUCUGGCAGGCCGGGGCCCGUUGUCUUGGAUGGGCUUCCUGGCGGCAAGUACGAAGCCAAGCUUUUACGUGUGUGA